GCACUGACGUAUGUGUCAUUUUCUGUGUUCGCUUGAACCAGAUAACAAGCAGCUCACUAAGUUUUUUGCUCAAAACUAAGGGCCCCGCAUUAUUUGUCCGUGUGUGGCAGUGUUUCGUGCUUGAUUCUCCGAAUUUUCACUUGAUGACGAUCAAAAAAAUAACUGUGUGAAUAGAAUAGACUGUUCAAAAUGAAGCUUUGCUAGCUUAAACUUGCUGAAUUUCAAACCUGAACAAACUUCUUCUCUUCGAUUCGGCUGACGUCGAAGGGGAGAAAAACUGCCCUGGAAGUGCAUCUGCAACGCGUUGAUGUUGCUGUUUCGUUCCGGCAGAAGAAUCAUGAGCACCAGCUAUCCAGAUGCCCCGCUCGGUAUCCGAAUUGUUUCGGCCAUCAGCGGCAAACUUUGUCCACGAUGGCAGAUCAAUCGGCUGCUCUGGUUCAAAUGCUCGGUGCUCACGCUGACCUACCUGGCGUACAUGUGCUACCACAUGACACGGAAACCGAUCUCGGUGGUCAAAUCCGUGCUCCAUCGGAACUGUUCCGGGGUGCAGCUGCCGCCGGAGUUUAUCAACAACGGGGAUGAUGUGCCGGGCGGUGACAGCACCUGGUGUGACUAUCCACCCUUCGAUGGACCGGACUCGGCAGCCCUGCUGGGCACGCUGGAUUCGUCGUUUUUGUUCAGCUAUGCCAUUGCGAUGUUCUUUUCGGGUUUCAUCGCAGAACGCGUCUCGCUGCGAUACUUUUUGGCGCUGGGAAUGCUGUUUUCCGGAAUUUUCUGCUACCUGUUUGGAGUGGCUAAGGUGUACGACGUGCACUCGUUGAUGUACUUUGUGUUUGUUCAAGCCAUGGCCGGGAUGUUCCAAACGACGGGAUGGCCGAGCGUUGUGACCAUCGUAAGCCGAUGGUUUGGAAAAGCAAAACGGGGGUUGAUUUUUGGCAUCUGGAACAGUCACACUUCGAUUGGGAACAUCUUGGGAUCGUUGAUUGCUGCUCAUUACGUGGAACGUGACUGGUCGAUGUCGUUUAUCGUGCCCGGCUUUCUGAUGGGAGUGUUUGGGUUUGUUAUGUUUUUGUUCCUGGUCGAUCGACCGGAGAUCGUGGACUGCCAGGAGAAGGUUGGCGAUCGUCGGGCUGGUUAUAGACGACUGGACGACGGUAGAACGGCUGAUGUGGGUGGUAACUCAGAUCCUGAGGAUCUUAUUGACACUAGAAGUGAACAGUAUUAAUCGGGAGCCGGUGGAAGACGAUGCGAUCGGAUUUUGGGAGCCAUCAAAAUUCCGGGUGUGAUUGAGUUUUCCCUCUGUCUAUUUUUCUCCAAACUGGUCAGCUACACAUUCCUCUACUGGCUGCCGCUGUACAUUCAGGCCUCGACCACGCUGAGCGCCGAACUGAGUGCAGAUUUAUCGACGCUGUUCGAUAUCGGUGGCAUCGUUGGCGCCAUCGCGGCCGGCCUGCUGUCCGACUACACCGGAAUGUCCGCCACGACCUGCACGGUGAUGCUUGCGUUGGCCGCUCCUUCGUUGCUGCUUUAUCAACAAUGGGGUGCCCUCUCGUUAUCGUUCAACAUCUGUCUGCUGUUUGUGGCCGGAGUCCUGGUGAACGGGCCGUACGCUCUUAUCACCACUUCUGUUAGUGCUGAACUAGGCCAACACAGUUCGCUGAACGGGAAUGGAAAGGCGUUAGCUACAGUGACAGCUAUAAUCGAUGGAACUGGUUCCAUUGGUGCCGCCGUUGGUCCUCUGGUCGCCGGCUUGGUCUCGUCGUCCGGAUGGCAGAACGUGUUCUACAUGUUGAUCGCGUCGGAUAUUCUUGCCCUCUUGCUGCUGCUGCGGCCAGUUUCCAAAGAGCUCAAACGACGCUCCCGACGGCGCAACGUGCGGAUAGAGUAAUUAGUCCAAAUGUUAAAUGUUAGACUGUUUGUUUCGAGGCAUGCGGGCCCGAUUGGGGCCGGCUUUCGAAACAUUUUGACAUUUUUUACGCUGUAAUUUUCCAAUUUAUGCCUCGGAUAUUUUUUAAUAAUCAGAUAAAAUAUGCUCUGCUAUGCGAGAAGCUUUAAA